AUGGCACACACCCCAACCUCCAGAAAGUCUUCUUUCGCCGCUCCUUCUAGACUAACCCUUCCGCCAACUCUGAGACCGUCCCCGUCAUUAUCCAACUUUCGGGCACAUAGCCAUGGAUCAAGCCCACCGCACGAGGCCCUCGCAGCAGCAACGAAGUCCAAGGAGUUGGCAUUGGACAGUUCAGCGUCUUCGAUGGUCAACAUGGACAUGGCAGAAGGUAUCCUGAUUCAGGAGACAGACAGCAGCGUCGACCCAUUAGGUUCGGAAGACCACGUCUCAGUGUCCGCCCAACUCGAUCAACCGAUGAGCAAUGCGGAUUCCAAGCAGCUGCUUCGAGAACAACUGAAGAGAUCUCUGAGUAAUAGACCCCAGCAGCCAGAAUCUUCCGAGGCUGCGCGACUGAGGGGAAAGCAUGCGGCGAUGAACGAGGUGGUUCUCAACGCCGCUUCUCGGUACCGGCCUAGAGAAUACUUUAUUCUGACAGAUGCUGGAAAGCCUGUCUUCGUGAGUCGGCCUGGAAAUGAAGAUCAGGACAAUACUGCAUCAGUUAUCGGCGUGAUGCAAGCCCUUAUUUCUGUUUUCAUCGACGACGGGGACAAGAUCAGGUGCAUAAACGCGGGCCCAACUCGAAUAACUUUCCUUCAGCGGUCGCCACUCUAUUAUGUCUGCGUGUCAUCUUGGGGAGAGCCUGAAUCCACGGACAUUCUCUAUAUCAUUGUUGUUGCGCAGGAUCGGGUACUGACCCUGAUCAGACCACGGAAGCACUCAAUUCAUCCUGCCGACCUGCACAUCAUUCUCAACACUAUUAACACACCGUCGGUCUAUAACAACCCCGCUGCUUCGUCAUGCAUACCCUUUUGCCUUCCAAAGUUCAGGCCAAAUGGGUUUGUGAACGCCUAUGUAUCAUUUAUCCGAACCGAUGAUUACCAGGGCCCGUCAAGACCAGUCUCUCCUUCCCCUAGCAGUGGAUCUGAAGGCGACGAGGUUUCACAUGAACCAUCCAAACCCCCUGGUUUGAACGACUUUGGGGUAGCCUUGGUCUGCAUCACAGCCAGUCAAGACUUUGAAUCCGUCAGAACCUGGGGAGACAACGCCAUCAAGGUGAUCGCCCUUGCCAAACUCGCGGUGGAAGGUACUCUUCGGUCGCUCUUACACUCGUUCAGGGCAGGACAGACGGAAUACUCGGCCUCGGAGCUGGGAAUACCAGGCCUACGCCACUUUGUAUACAAGUCCAGAGCCCAGGUGCAGACUACUAGUCCAAUAUUCGAAGACCCAUACGACAAGCAGUCAGACCGACGAAGACUUGUCACUCUGUAUCAGCUUAUACAUGAUGCAAUUCAUGCCCGCUCGGGACAGGAAGCACCCCUGAAACUCCAGGACUCGGAGGACGACGACAGCAGCGACGUCGGCUUCAACUUGUACUCGGAACGACACCAACCAACCAUGUCUCUCUUCUCCUCAUUCCUGUCGGGCGCCAGUGCCAGAAUAUGCCGGUCGACGCUCUCGUGUACACGAUCCUUUGCAACAACUGUGACGAGUGCUGGCACCGAGCGCGUUGUGCCCCCACCUCGAGGACCAGGCAAGAUUAGGACUCCUGAAGCCUUCCUGAAGGCCAUUGGGCGCGAGGCGGAUACCAAGCUAUCAGCAGACGGUUGGCAACAGUUCUGGAUGCUCUCAGGACAGGAUAUGCGUAAAGCUGGUCUUGCUGUCAGGGACCGAAGAUACAUCCUAUGGUGCAUGGAAAAGUACCGACAGGGAGUACCUAUUGAAGAAUUCGCUCAUGAGGCAACUCCAAAGAAGACUAUUCGAGGAUGGGGACCGAAGGUCCAGAAUGGCGAGCGUAUACGGUCGAAACGUAUCAAGGACAAGACGAAGAAGUCGCGUCCCUAG